UUCUUAGUGGAUUGUAUUGAAUUCGUAUUUUUGGUGAAAAUAAAUGGAUUAAAAAAUGUCUAGUUUUAAUUAGUUGGUGUUAUUUAAUUACUUAAAAGGUAAUUAGUGAGCUAUAAUAUUAGUUAAACUAUGACAGAUAACGAAGAUGUUAAUAAAGAACCCGCUAAAGAACCACUAGACGACGAGGCUCUAGAGAAUACUGCAUCUGUAGCUGCAGUUUCAUUGAUAGGAUAUCAAUAACCAAAUGAAGAAGAAGAGUUCUUAGUGGUUAGCAGUAGAAGAACUCCUACGAGAAGCAGUUCAAGGUGCUGCAAGGGCUGAAAUAGUUGGUCCCUCAGGUUGGAUAAAAGCACCACAGCAAAAAACUAAUAAACGAUUUCUAGUCAAUACCCUUAGACAUGCUGUGAGUUCCAAUAGAUCCUAUACAACACGUAGUACUCAUAGAAAUACAUACAAUAAAUCUCCCAAAAAUGACCGGAAACCAGAACUCCCUAUCAAAAAAGAUAGAUCAAAAAGAAAGUGUUAAUAUGGCAGAAUAUGAUGUUGAAAGUAUAAUAAAUAAAAUUGUUAACAACAAUGAAACAAAUUGGACACCACAGGAAAAAAUGCCACUAAUAAUUAAAGAAAUAGAUCAACUUAAAUUAGAUGUAAGAACAUAUUUAGAUAAUUGUGAUUAUGAUGUAGCGGCUCUAUUAAAUGAAGGCGCUGAAUUAUGUGCCGAUAGUAAAGCUUUAGUUAAUGAAAUGGAAACAUGUAAAAAGGAAAUUGAAGAUGAAACAAUGGCCGAAAUUCUCAAGUCUCUCGAGAGUCAUGACCAAAUUGCCAAAGAAUUACAGUCUGUCAAUUAUGCUAUGAAUAUCAUAGUUGACAUUAUAAAAUGCAGUGAAUAUCUAAGGGAAUUCAAUGAAGGUAGAGAAGCACAAAGCUAUUCAAAAGCCAUAGAGGCCGUUGAUGACUUACUUGAGUUCAUUGAAACAGCUGCGGAUGGUUUCAAACAAUUAGAAGUUUAUGUCAAUACAAAAAAUACAGCCAAAUUAAUUUUCGACACUCUUUUGCAUGAUUUGAAUCAAGAAUGGAGCCGAAUGGUAUCAUUUAGUUGCAAGCCUGGACCUCGUAAAACAGUUUUUAAUUUCAACAUUACAUUAGACAAUUCAGAGGCUUCGAAAGAUAUUCUAAUCGCUCUAGACAAAAGUAACGGUUUGGUUCAUAAAAUUUCGGAGUUCGCUGAAUUUCUUAAGAGAGAAGUUAUCAUAGAAAUCUUAAAAAAUGACAGUUCAUUCUACGCAGAAACAGAAAACACGGCAACGGUAACGAUACAUCAUAAACAAAAUCAAUUGCCUCAUUACCGUGUUCCAAUUUCAAACAUAAGGUUAUUGUUUCGUUUUCUCAACGAUAAAUUUAAAUUAAAAUUUAAAAAUGAUAAAACUAUAAUGAAAAUACUAGGGAACUUUAUAAGCAAAGACAUUUGCGAUAUGAUGAUAAAAUACUGUUUAAUACAUACUAUACCAAAUAACAUGAACGACCUCCAAUGUUAUACCAACAUAACAACAGAAAUACAAAAUUUUCAAAUUUUUCUAAUAGCUAUAAAAAUAUUUCCCGAAACAGGCGUAACACUCUUGAAAUACAUGGACGAUAUUGACGUUUUAUUUGCAUAUAGAUCAAGUGAACACUUUUUGGACACAGCAAGGACAAUUAUGCUCAAGGAUUUAAGUGUAACGAUGUCUAUCGGUGUCGAAAAGAUUCCAGAAGAAUCUACGCCUUCAGAAAACUUUUCGGGUGAUAGCCAUACAGCGGAAGCCCUUGAAAUAUUUGGAAAGACUUUACCGCAUAGCCUGUUCUAUUUUCCAAGAUGUAUGAUAUCCAAAACCGCACAAGAACUGUUAGAUUUAGUCUACGUUAUAAUGGAGCAAGCUGUGCAGUGCCAGGGAAUUGUAGCUAAAAAAAUGUAUUACACUGUAAGAUUUAUAUUUGAACUUUACGAUGCGGUUGUUCCUUACAGCCAUGAAAAUUAUUUACAGACAAUCCCACAAUAUGUCGCUUUAUUCCAUAACAAUUGUAUGUACCUUGCGCACAAUCUACAGACCUUGGGUGAUAAAUGGUUGUGUUUGAUGGAAGGUCAAGAAUUAGGGUAUGCAAUUGGAUUCAUAGACUUGGUCCAGAAACUCAGGGAGUUAGGCUACAGACAUCUCGCUAUGCACAUGCAGCAACAGAGGAAACAAAUUCUAGACAAUAUACGUUCUUCAGAUUUAAACUGCAUCGUCGUAAAAGAUGUACUAGGUGAAAAUGCGGAAGCAGCGGUCAGGCAAUGUCUUAGGCAGCUGCAACUAUUGAAGAAUGUCUGGAUCGGUGUUUUUCCAUCCAAUGUGUUUACGAGAUUAAUGGCAACACUAGUGAAUAUGUUCGUCGACGAGCUCAUACAUCGAGUGUGUACCGUUGAAGACAUAUCCAUGGAGAUGGCCACUCAGCUCACUGAAAUGUACACACUUGUAGUCCAAAAGACACCACAGAUGUUUCAAAAUUCAUCAGAUGUUGAGAAGUACGUUAAAUCGUGGGUUAAACUGCAAGAAUUAAUUUUCGUUCUUGGCGGCUCACUAAAGGAUAUAGAAAACCAUUGGAAAGAUGGAACUGGUCCUCUGGCAGUGAACUUUGAAGUCGAAGAAUUAAGAAGUCUCAUCAAAGCCCUAUUCCAAAACACGCAAUUUCGCGCCAAUUUAUUGUCAAAAAUAAAAUAGUGUUGUUUUAUUGUAGUCACUAUGUUUAAUAUAAUAUUAUGUGUUUAA